UCCGAGGGCAGCUGAAAAAGCUCUUUGUGAGGGUGUCCAUCCAGUUGGUGUCGGUUCCUCCUUUGCCCGUAAAAACCUCUCGGGUUCGCCUUGGCCGGAGCAGACGGGGCGACCGGGGUGAGCGGUCUCAGCCUGAGGGUCUUGGCCCUCCCGGCCUCUUGGCUGGAGAACGGAAGCCGGCCGGCUCAGGAUGGAGCGGCAGCUGCUGCUGAACGAGCCUGCGCGGCCCCGCAAGCUCCCGACCUGGACUCUCUUCUUCGCUGUGUGCGCGGCUGGCAUUGGAGGGACCUUCCAGUAUGGGUACAACGUUUCUAUCAUCAACGCACCCACGGAGCACAUCCACAAGUUCCUGAACGAAACCUGGCAGAGCCGCUACCAGGCCGAACUGAGUCCCGGCUUGCUGACCCUCCUCUGGUCCACCAUCGCCUCCAUCUUCUCCCUGGGGGGCCUGUUUGGGGCGCACCUGGGCGGCAGCAUGGCCGUUUGGCUGGGCAGAAAAGGGGCUCUCCUGAUGAACAAUUUCGUAGCUCUUCUGGCCGCCAUCUUGAUGGGCGUCAGUUUCCCGACGGGCUUCUACGAGCUGCUGAUUCUGGGGAGAUUUCUAAUCGGCAUUAACACGGGCAUCGGCCUCUGCGUGCAGCCCCUCUACAUCGGGGAGGCCGCCCCCAAACACCUGCGAGGCGCCAUGGCCAUGGGGAGCUCCAUCUUCCUGACGGGAGGCAUUUUGACGGGGCAGGUGGUCGGCCUACGGGAACUGCUGGGCGGGGAGUCCCACUGGCCUUUGCUGCUCUCGACCUGCUGCAUCCCAGCCUUUGUGCAGCUCCUGGCCCUUCCCUGGUUCCCGGAAAGCCCCCGUUUCCUGUUCUUGGACCGAGGGAACGAGGUGAAGUGCGUCAAAGCCCUGAAGCGCUUCCACGGCCGCCUGCACUACCGGCGGGAGAUGGAGGACAUUCAGAGGGAGGGCUUGGCCCUCGGGAGCCAGAAGGCCAAGAAGCCCUGGGAACUCUUCCUGGACCGAAGCAUCCGCUGGCAGCUGCUCACCAUCAUCUGCAUGACCAUGGGGCAGCAGCUGAGCGGGAUCAACGGGAUUUACUUCUACGCCAGUUACGUCUUCCAGGAAGCCGGGAUCCCCGAGGGGAAGAUUCCUUACGUGACGCUGGGCACUGGGGCUUGUGAAUGUCUCACCGCCCUCACCUGCGGCUUGCUGAUCGAGUCCAUGGGGAGGAGGGCCCUGAUCCUGGGCGGCUACUCCCUGAUGACCCUUUGGUGUAUGGUGCUGACCUUCUCUCUGACCUACCAGGUGUACUGGUGGGCUCCCUACCUGAGCAUGGCCUGCGUCUUCGCCUUCAUCUUGAGCUUUGGCCUCGGCCCAGGUGGAGUGACCAACAUCCUAACCAUCGAGCUGUUCACGCAGUCCUCACGGCCCGCGGCGUACACGAUUGCCGGAUCGGUGAGCUGGCUGAGCUUCUUCACCAUUGGGAUGCUGUUCCCUUUCAUCGUGCGAGGCUUAAAACAGUACUGCUUCCUCGUCUUCCUGGCGGAGUGCUGCCUGGUGGCCCUUUUCAUUUUCUUCGUCGUUCCGGAGACGAAGAAUAAAACCUUCCUGGAGAUCAAGCGGGAAUUCCACAAGAUGAAUUUCGGCCGAAUCAAGGAGCAGGACGGAGAGCUGGGCGAGAGACGACAUCUCAGCAAUGAGUUCUAA